AUGGUGUCUUUCCAAUGCGAGGCAUGUGGUGAUGUCUUCACCAAGAAGAAACUCGAUCCCCAUCGCAGCCAGUGUCGCGGCGCGACCUUUUCCUGCAUCGACUGUAUGGUUCACUUCUAUGGAACUGAUUACAGAGCUCACACGUCGUGUAUCACCGAAGACCAAAAGUACCAAGGCGCACUGUACAAGGAGAAGCCAGGAAAGAACAAGAAGGGCCAGAACCAGAAUCAAAACAAUGCCAACAACAAGAACCAAAACCAAAACCAGCGCAACCAGCAACCCCGCGUAGAGGAUGCCUCUGCGUACGCGGCGCCACCCCGGGCACCUACCCCCCCUCCUGUCGCCGAGGCCAAGCCAACCGCGGACGCCAUGGCUGACGAGGGCAAGUCCGUCAACGUUUUUGAUUAUCUUGUUACCGAAGAAACACCCAAUGCCUCCAAGGUCUCGCUAGCUGCUCCCAAGGAGCAGAUGACCAUGGUCGCCGAGGCCCGCUCUCUCUUCGAGCCCAGCACUGCUCUUGCCAGCCUCGAUGCCAAGACCGACGAUGAAGGUAAUUACGAUAUUGCCUACGAGGAAAAUGGCUUUUCAUAUGGCGCCGAUCCUAUUCCCCCAUCCAUAUAUCCCAGCAAUGUUCCUAAUUAUUCGACAGAGUUUGUGACUCCGGCCCCCAAGAAGAAGAAGGGCCGCAAGGAGGAGAAGCGCGCAUCUGGCUCCGUUAGCGAGAAGAAGCGCAAGCGCGGCAGGGAGAACUCCCUCAGCCCGCAACAGGAAGUUGAUACCCCUAUGAUGGAUGCCCCGUCAAGUGUUAUGAACAACGCUGGUACCCCUAUGCUCAACCACUCCGGUCUCACUGGUGGACUGAACCGCAUGAUGCGCUCGCCUUCGCACGAAAUUGACGACACCCCUGCCCACAGCAACCGUGCCUACAAGGACGUGUCAUCACCAAUCAAGCGUACCCGACGCAGCAGCGGCAAAGAGGCAAAUGGCAACGGCGAUGCCGGCCUAGGCAUUUCGAUCAAGAACCGCGCUGGACGCCUCGUGUCAUCCAUGUUUGGUGGCACCGGAUCUGUGGUUUCUGCCGGCAGCGGAGGUCACGAGAACGGAUCCCGCGAUGUUGCCCGUCGCGGUAGCGCUUCUAGCGGUGACAUGCAACUGGAAGUCCGCAAGAAGAAGCACCGCUCCCGCGAUGCUUCCGACUACCACGACGACGGCCGCAAGUCCAAGCGCAAGAGCUCCAACCCCACCGAUGGCGACAGACCCUCGCGCCGCCUGAAGCAGGCCGAGGAAUCUCCCCCGCCGCGAAAGUCGCCAGAAGACGUGCAGCAUGAAAUGGCAUCUCAUUUCCUUUCGCUCGUCUCCCGUGACAGUGAGCGUGGCUGCUCCAUCAACAAGGCUCUGAAGCGCUUCCACCGCGACUUCUCUGCCGAGUACGACGAUGACCGCGAGCGUCGCCAUGAUGACGAGAAGGACCUCUGGCGUGCUUUGCGCCUGAGACGCAAUGACCGCGGUGAGAUUGUUUUGUUUGUCUAA